AUGACUGAACAUAUUCCUGAUAUAUUAUCUGGAAGGAAAAUUAAUUGGUGUCCAAGUGGUGAAGGAUUUCCAGCAUUUUGCCCUCAACCAAUAGAUCCUGAUAAUUAUGAUGUUUGUUGUGUCAUGUAUCGUGAUGGUAUGGAUUAUCCAACAUGUUGUAGAUCUAAAUACCUACCUGGUGUCAUAAUUGGAUGUAUAGUAGGAUUUUUUUUCUUUCUAACUGUGUUUAUAUUUUUAUCAUGCUGGUGUUGUUAUUUAUGCCCAUUAUUUCACCUCAGAAUUAAAAAUAAACGUACUAGGGAACAAUAUUUAGAGGGUAAAAAAUCAAGAAACAUAAAUACAAACAUUGAAGAAUAA